UAUAUUUAAAGUCUACGAUUUUGACGAAAAAAUAUUCAAAAUAUUUAAAAUGAUAAAUAUCACUUCACAUGCAUGUUUUAACACUCGAUUUCUAAUAAUUUUCUAAACAGUUCGAUUAAAUUAUAUUUUCAUAAUAAGACAUUGGAAGGCUAUUAACUAAGUACUCGUGUACUGUGUUUCACUUACGACUUUCGAUAAUUUUGUUAGGUUAUUGAUAAUUUCAUUCUUCAAUAUUGACUCAGCAAAAAUUUCAAGACUGGAUGGGAAUUAUAUGAUAUUACUGAUUCAUAGAUAAUUUAGUGAUCAUGAUGAUCGAGCAAAAUAUUUUACAAUUGAACAUCAACUUUUAAAUACAUUGAAAGUAACAUGUCUUGAAGAAAUGUCUUGCAAUAAUUAAUAUUUACAAACUAAUUCGCCUGUAUAGUCAUAUAAGAUUUGGUGUUUUAUAAAAUUUCAUUUUAUCAAUUGCUAUAUAUAAUUGUUAAAAUGGAAAAUAAGGAAUACAUAGUAAAAACUAUCAUUCAUGCAGGAACCAAAACGAUUAAUUUUGUACCUGGGACUAAAGUAAUUUUCCAUUUUAAAACAACAAAAUGUGAUCCAGAAAGAACAGUAAUAGAUGAUAGUAAAACAAUGGGAAAUCCAAUGGAGCUUGUUUUAGGAAAAAAGUUCAAACUAGAAGUAUGGGAAGUUAUUGUACAAAAAAUGGCAUUAAAUGAAGUAGCUUGCUUUAGGGUUGACAAAAGUCUAGUUACGUCAUAUCCUUUUGUGUCUAAAACAUUGAGAGAAGUUGGAAAGCCACAAUCAGAAAAGCGUAGUCAUCAUUGUUGUGGUGUCACUUUACAAAAUGACGGCAUUGGAUAUAAUGAUUUGAAUGAACUUAUCAAAUAUCCUCAGGAUUUAGAAUUUACAAUCGAACUUGUUAAAGUAAUCUUACCUGAUGAAUAUGAAAAAGAGUCAUGGCAAAUGACUGAAGAUGAAAAGUUGAAAAGUAUACCAGACAUAAAAGAAAAAGGAAAUGUAUUAUUUAAAGGGAAAGAUUAUAAUGGCGCAUGUGAAAUGUAUGCCAAAGGCAUUGGAAUAUUGGAACAACUUAUGCUUGCUGAAAAACCGAAUGAAGAAGAAUGGUUAGCUUUAAAUCAUUUGAAAACUCCGUUACUUUUAAACUACGCACAAUGUAAAUUAAUUCAAAAGGAAUAUUAUGCAGUUAUUGAACAUUGUACAACAGUUCUUAAACACGAUCCAGAUAAUGUAAAAGCAUUAUAUAAGAGAGGUAAAGCAUACAUAGGUGCUUGGGAUGAAGAAAAAGCCAUUAAAGACUUAACAAAAGCUGCUGAAUUAGACCCUACAUUACAAAAUACUGUUGAAAAAGAAUUGCAAGUAUUUUCUGCAGCUAUUAAACAGAAAGAUCAAAUAGAAAAGAAGAAAUUUUCAAAGCUUUUCAAAUAAAUAAAUAUAUAUUUAAUUAGAUCAAUUACAUAAAUUACAUAUAUGUAUGUAUUUUAUUAC